AUUUACUUGUAUCGAUUGAUCCCUAUCUAAACCUCUGCAUCUCAAAUUAAAUUGCACGUGAAGUUUGUUUUGUUGAAAAUAUUGAUUAGGUAAAAGUAUAUAAUACAAACCGUCAUUUGUAAUAUCAAUUAUUAUUAUUGGCGUCAAGACGGGUCGAUUGAUACUAUCGAAUUUUUCCGUCCAUUUUGACCUGUUUCCGCUAAAGUGCACUACUACUAUUGAUUUUGACUAAGAUUGAGAACCAACUUAAAAAACAAAGAAUAAAACAAUAUGUUUCGUAUGCCUCCACAAAUUGACCCGGCUGAAGAAAAGAAGCGAAUCCAGGCUGAUGUUAGAAACAACAUUGUUUUCUUUGCAGUGCUUUGCGCUGCUAUCCGAUUAGCACCCUUUGUGUUGGGUAAAAUAAAAGCCUAGUAUUUGGCCCAAUUCAGCGAAUUACGGAGCCUGUAUAGUACACAUCAUUAAAAGCGAAAAAUGAAAGCUUUAAAACCCAGAUUAAUUUAGUAUACCUAUGUUAAAUUAAAAAUUGUAACUUGUUUUGACAUAAAUGCAGUGUAGCGGCCGUUGAGGGUAAAUAAAAAUUAAAAUUUGAAAGGUGUAAACCUUU